GUAUGUGAACCAAAUGUCAAGCAAUCCCCUCCCUUUUGUUAUCCUUCUUUCUUUUGUGUUUUCCAUCUGAAAUGAUUAAUAUCCUUGUAUUGCCAAGUAAGGCAUUCCUUUAUUCCAAUUUCUACAUCCUCUGGAUCAACUCUUUAUAUAUCUAUCUAUGUUUUCCUCAAAUCUCAAACACAAACCCAACUCACAAACUCAUCCUAAACUUCCCCCCUUUGUGGCCUCUCUCAAAAACAAUGACCAACGAGUCAGUCAAAAACAACAGCCAUGAUGCAGGCAAGCACAAACAACUCGACAGAGAAAUCAGAGACAUGGUCUCUGUCAUCACCAACCGAGUCACUGACCUCCACAAAUCUGGCUCAGUUCAACACGAAGACGACGAUGAAAACGGCGUGAGAAUCAUCACACUGGCUGGGAACAACAAUGGAGCCACACUGACAAGUGAGCUGGAUCAUGAGAACAACAACAAGCCUGCAGGGCUUCAUGGUGGUGGCCCGGCAUUUGGAGAGCAGCCUGAUGGGUUGAGCACUUAUGUGAACAGCAAUUUCCAGAGCGUGAACAACUCUCUUAUGAUGGGUGGCAGCUACAGCACGAAUGAUCCCGGUGUUCGGGUGGAUAUCACUGAUGUUGUGGAGCCUCAUGGGUAUCAUAUCAAGCCGGAGAAGCGUGGAUGGAAGGGGAAGAAGAAGGAGAAGGAGAGGGAAAACUUCCACAGUGACCAACAUCAUGAGCAUGAUGAUGAGUGAGGAGCUUAUUUAUAUAUAUGACUUGAUUUCCCAUGGAGUGGCUUAAUUACCAAGUUUAAUAACAAGCCUUUGUAAGGCUUUAUGGUUUUAUGUUAUGUAGCAAGUAAUUGAAGAGACAAAACAAAUGUUAUUGCGUUCUACAUAUAAUGUAUUGUCUGGUCUGGACUUUCUGUUUUGGCUAAA